GCCGAGCCGAGCCCAACCAUGGAGGACUCCGAGGCCGGCCCGGUGCUGCGGCGCUUCACCUGGGAGGAGAUCGGGCAGCGCACCGGCCGGGGGCCGCCGCCGCAGGAACGCUGGCUGGUGAUCGAGAGGAAGGUGUACGACAUCAGUCACUUCUACCGGAGGCACCCGGGAGGCUCCCGGGUCAUCAGCCACUACGCCGGGCAGGACGCCACGGAUCCUUUCAUAGCAUUUCAUCUUGACAAGACGCUAGUAAGAAAGUACAUGAGCCCACUCUUGAUUGGGGAACUGGCACCAGAUCAACCCAGCUUUGAGCCCAGCAAGAAUAAAAAGCUGGUAGAAGAUUUCCGUGAACUCCGUGCAACCGUCGAGAAGAUGGGGCUUCUCAACCCCAACCGCACGUUUUUCAUCCUGUAUCUCUGUCACAUCUUGGUGUUGGAUGUUGCGGCUUGGCUCACCAUCUGGUAUUUUGGAGCAUCCACGGUGCCUUUCCUCUUCUCUGCAGUGCUUCUAGGCACUGUCCAGGCCCAGGCUGGCUGGCUCCAGCAUGAUUUUGGACACCUUUCAGUCUUUAGCAAGUCCAGAUGGAACCACUGGGUGCACAAGUUCGUGAUCGGCCAUCUGAAGGGAGCACCAGCCAGCUGGUGGAAUCACCUCCACUUCCAACACCACGCUAAACCCAACUGCUUCCGAAAGGACCCUGACGUUAACAUGCACCCCUUAUUUUUUGCUUUGGGAAAAACACUCUCUGUAGAGCUUGGUGUACAAAAGAAGAAAUUCAUGCCUUAUAACCACCAGCACAAGUACUUCUUCAUCAUCGGUCCCCCAGCUCUGGUGCCUCUUUACUUCCAGUGGUACAUAUUCUACUUCGUGGUACAGCGGAAACAGUGGGUGGACCUGGCCUGGAUGCUGACCUUCUACAUCCGAUUCUUUCUCACCUACUUGCCCUUACUGGGAGUGAAGGGUAUCCUGGGGCUUCAUCUGUUAGUCAGGUUUAUAGAGAGUAACUGGUUUGUCUGGAUCACACAAAUGAAUCACAUCCCGAUGCACAUCGAUUACGAUAAGAAUGUGGACUGGUUCUCUACCCAGCUCCAGGCAACCUGUAAUGUUCAUCAGUCCUUAUUCAAUGACUGGUUUAGUGGACAUCUGAACUUCCAAAUCGAGCACCACCUUUUUCCUACAAUGCCUCGACACAACUACUGGAAGGUGGCCCCUUUGGUGAAAUCCCUGUGUGCCAAACAUGGUAUUGAGUACCAGUGCAAGCCAUUGCUCACCGCCUUUGCGGACAUAGUGCACUCUUUGAAAGAUUCAGGAGAGCUCUGGCUUGAUGCCUAUCUACAUAAAUAAGCAGCAGUGGAUCCUUACCGAGGAAUUCCCCACCCUUGUUGCCUCCUGUGGUGGUCACCAUGAAGAUACUACACAGAGGAGAGAGAGCUGGCUAAGCCAGAGGUGGGGAGGUGGCGCAGCGUAAUUGCAUUGAUGAAUGUGAUUAAUAUGAUUUUUUUAAAAAGAUGUGUUCUUAAUUCUUCUUGUGCUUCUUUCAUUCUCUUCUCUGGUGCUGAGUUACGGGGAAAAGCUGAACGGAGGAGGUUUUGUUCCACCAAGCUGGAGGCAGUGUUGGGCCUGGGAACAGAUUCCUUUCUGUCUGCUGAUACUUCAUUUGCUGAGUCUAUAGGAGGGAAGUCUCUUGUCUAACAUCGGCUUUUGUGAGGUGGCUCUCAUUGUGAAUGUAGCGAGAGAGUUGAGACAGUAUGAACUCAAAGAACACGGGAGUUAUUGUAAUGUGGAAGCAAUAAGGAAUUGUGUAGGUACAGUAUUUUCAAAUACCUAUAUGUAAUUAACAGUGGCAAUAGAAGUGCCCAAACCAAGGGGCAGUGGGGAGCACAUGAGAGCCCAAACCAGUUUGUAUGUAUGUGGGUGAGGCAGAGAAGGUGCAGGCAGCAGUUCUGUAGGAAUAAGCAUGAGGAAAAAGACCUAAUUAGAGCCCUAAUUGAGGUAGAGAAACAGGAAAGUGGAGGUUAUUCCGCAGGCAUGUAGAUAUGGGAGCUCAACAUGCCAUGCUCUGUGGGAAUGCUGCCCUCCACAUCUCUUCUGUGGUGAAAGCCUCUGGGUUAUUUGCCCAUUGGUAACCUCCCAUGGAGUCUCUGCAAGUGGUUUCCACAGUGUCAUACUUCUGAGUGUUAUUGAACCCGUUACUGAAAGUCAGAAGGGACAGAAAUAUGGCACGUCCAUACUCGGGAUCCCUACAAGGGUGACUAAGGAAGCAAAAGGGUAAUCGGUCUGUGGUCACCUGAAGCUUCACUCUUUUUUGAGUGAUUUGUUGAGCAGAGAGAACUCAUGACUUCUGGCCCAUGGAGCAGGAGGUGCUCCUGUCUGAGCUGCAGACAAAUUUAAUGAAGGUGUAAAAGUAUUAGGGGUUGGGGUACUGUUUAAAUGCAUUUAACUUUUCAGUCGGCAGAAGUCAGCGGGCUGCCUACCCGUAGGCACACAGCAGCCAAUACGUUGCUGGUCUUUCUCUGUUGGAUGAUGUGCCUUCAAAACACACCCCAAGAGAGCAUGUACUGUAUGAUUUAUUGGAAUGUGAAUUAGCCUUACUGCAUUUCCCGGUGUCUUUUCAUUUACUACACCAACGUUACAGAUGCCAAACUAGGAUAUAGCCCCUGGCGUAGCGCUAAUGCAGAUGGCUCCAUCACCCUGUUACCUCAGUGACAGGUGGCUUUGUCUCCAGAGGGAUGGGUUGAUUUUGAGGAAGAUAUGGUGCUUUUUCUGAUUAACAUCCGAAAGGAGGAUGGCUUGUGAGGGAAUGGAAGAAAUGCAUCUUCUCAGGCCAAGAGUGUCAUUAAGCACACAAUGAAAUUGUAAUGGAAAUAAUAAAGUAAUCAUUAAAUCAUUGAUACUUGUUGAUCAAGUUUCCACUUGGAAAUGGGCCUUAGUUACUCUUUUACCUUGUUUUUUCCUGCUCUGUUUCUUUCCCUCUUAUUAUUAGAACUGUUGAUGGAGGAAAGUCUAAUAAUAAAAUUCCUUAUCUU